AUGGCCUCGUGGCUUCACCCUCAAGAGAAAAGCGACCAAAAUCGUCUUCCACCACUGAAACAGAAAUCAAGAAUACCAGUCAGAGUGCCUCAACUGAGUAGCGACAGUGAUAGGGGUUCUUCAUCAGUGGACGACGCCGAUAAAAAAGUGAAUCUGCAAAAGGAUUCAGGCAGCAAAGUUCAAAACAGGCGAUCGUCGCGGAUUCCGAUUACAACCGAUGAGAGAAGGAGUAAAGUUCAUACUAAAGUUAAUCUACCAAAGACUGUCAAAACAGCUCGUAAAGGAAAACCCACUGGAAAAGCUUCAGACAUGAACCUACGAGAAACUCAAGAGAAAAAACAAAAGGAGAAAGCAAACGCCAUUCCUUCAACCGACUCAGCUAAAUAUGUCAGUUACUACUGGCAUGCUAAAGAGACGCCGCCAAACGUCUGCAACGAUGAGAAAGAACCACGAGAAGAAAGCUCGGCUAGCGAGGUAUCCUCUGCAGCCAGAGAAGAAGUCACGCCAGAUUUUGAAUGUAAUGUUGUACCUGUGUAUGAGGAGGAGCUCCGUAUAAGGACCGAAGCAGAUUUCAGUUGCAGUGAGUUUGGCGACGACUUUAAACGUCUCUCGAUAUCUAGCGACGAGAAAGCAAUGCCUCAUGUCCCCCCGUGGCUGAGAGAGGACUACAAGGAGAAAGAAAAAACAAGUGAUCACAUAAACUUCGUUAAAAGCGAUGCUACCGUCACGAGCUCGGCACAAAAUAUCCAACUAAAAACAGAAAAAAAAAUGGACGAAAAUGAUAUUAGUGAGGAAGAGUUGGACUGUAGCUCUUUCACUGAGUCCCGCGGAUACAAAAGGAAAAUAGCUGAGCUGGACGAAAAAUCCAGACGGCUCAAGGCACAGUUUGCGGAGGAAAACAGACAGACUAUUGAAUCUAUGAACGAGAUCGUAGAGGAGAUCAAACAGAGCCAGGAAAGAGAAGAUGGCAUCACAAAUGAGAUUGAGGAGAUGAGAAGGAGACAGGAUGAAAUAAAGGACGACCUUAAAAGCCUUGAUGAGAUAGCCCAGAGACGAGAGCUCGAGGACAAAAAAUGGAAAGAAAAGAUGGACAAGAAGAAAAAGAAAGUCGCACGCAAACUGGAAAAGAUAAGAGCCGAACGACGUAAAUACCAAGAAGAGAAAGGUGAUGAAAACGAAUCAACAGAGGAACACGAUCAAUCGGAUGAGAAUCAAAUGAAAGUCCAAAGGGUGAGAGCUGCAAACGUGUUACCAAGCUUGAGCCCAGUCACCGAUCAGACAUCUCCCCUGACACGAAAGACAUCUGACAAAUUAGCUCAGUUCGGCCUGCAGCCGUUGCAUCGCUCCCCUGAAGUGGCAGAUCUCAAUCCAAUAUUGGAAGAUACGAACUCCAUAGUCGAAGAAUCAGUAGACAGCGAACACAGUGACAUUAACUAUAGCAAAGAGGAGGAAUCUCAACUAAACGACAACAGAUCAACUGAAAACGAAAAAAAAACUGGCGAGGAUCAAUCACAGUUAAUGAGCAAAAGAAGCCAUUGCCAGAGCGUUGAUACACCAAAUCAAGGGAUCAGCUCAGUCACUGCGGACCAAACUGCUUCCCUGACACGAAAGGUGUCUGAAAGGUUCACACCGUUCAGUCUGCAACCUUUGUACCGCUCACCUGAAGGAGCAGGGGAAAGUCCAAUGUUGCAAGACACAGAAUACUCAAUUGACGAAUCAGUAGGUGGCGAAAGCAGCAAACAAAAUUGUUACCACGAAGAGAUGCCUCAACAACUCGAAAUCAGGCCAGCUGAAAAAGAAGUUCAAUUAUAUAAUCAAGCCAACGACACCUUCUGCGGCGACGUUCGAAAAGGAAUUGAGGAAGCACUUUCAAAAUCAAGUGUACCUUUUACGGCAAUAAACCGAGGUCAGAAUGAGAUACACAGUGAAGAUGAUCAAAAAACAAAAAAUCUACAUAACAUUCAAGAAAAAGGCAAUGAUCAAGAAACUGAGCCAAUAAAUCAAUGA